AUGACCCGCCACGGCGACAGCUCCGACCCGGUCACACCGGCCGACGAGUAUCCCAAUAGCAAUCCGACGUCACCGGGCUCCAUUGACGACGACUCGGAAGCGAGCACACCACUUGAUCCCCCCAGUUCGAGCUCCGAUGCUCCACCGAGCUACUCCCCGGCCAGCGAGCCGUCGCGCCGGGUUCCUUCGCUGAGGACAGUCUCAGAUCCGCAAAAUUCGACAAUGAGCCCAUCCUCAAGUGUUACUGGGUUGCUGAGCACCGUGAGACGGCCGGCGCCGAGCGCCAACAGUCUACCCCUGGACAUCAUGCAAAAAGCACGCGCCCUUCAAGAGCAACGUAUGAACAUGGCCGCGCGGGCGGCCAGCUCGACGGCGACCAUGAACAUGAACAUGGGGGGACCCGCCGGCGGAGGGCUAGUGGGCGGCAUGCCGUCGAAUCUCAAGCUACCAGGGGGGAUGGCCCGGCCGAUGCCGUCCUCCUUUCCCAAGUCAGCGCCCGCGGUACCGGGCGCCAAGAAACCACCCAGUCUAAGUGAAAGGAGAGCCAUGAAGCUGGGCAGCUUGUCCGGGUCCGGAAGUCCGUCGCCUACUCCGACUCCGAGACUGCAAGAUCUCAGCAACGAUGAGGGAAAACAGCCGGCAGUGAAUGGGGAGGGUCGGGGCUCCAAGCUCAGCGACUUCAGAAACUACAUCGAUGCAGACAAAGGGUGGAUUACCUUUGACGGCGCUGCCACAAUUACCAGGACAGGAGUGAACUUCGCCAACGGCCACACCUUUUCCAUCUCUCUCGAUGAGAUUGAGGUGCUCGACGAACUAGGCAAGGGAAACUACGGGACCGUCUACAAAGUCAAGCAUGCGCGGCCAAAAGCGCCUCGGUUUGGCCAAGGACUAAGCAAGUUUAAGACGUCUCUCGCCUGGCAAUCAUCGAGCGAGACAGAGGACUCAUCCGAGGGCACAUCACCGACUUCUACUGCGCGGAGCAAUGGGCGGACAACGUCAGGGGUGGUCAUGGCUAUGAAAGAGAUUCGGCUUGAGCUGGACGAGGCCAAAUUCACGACCAUUCUUAAGGAACUCGUCAUUCUCCACGAAUGCGUCUCCCCCUACAUUAUCGACUUUUAUGGUGCCUUUUACCAAGAGGGAGCAGUUUACAUGUGCAUCGAGUACAUGGACGGUGGCAGUAUCGACAAGCUGUACGCGGGCGGCAUUACCGAGAAUGUCCUCCGCAAGAUUACCUUCGCGACCAUUGUCGGUCUCAAGACGCUCAAGGAUGACCACAACAUUAUCCACCGCGAUGUCAAGCCGACAAACAUUCUGGUCAACACCAAUGGUCAGGUAAAGAUUUGCGACUUCGGCGUGUCGGGUAACCUGGUUGCGAGCAUCGCGAAAACCAACAUCGGCUGCCAGAGCUACAUGGCGCCUGAGCGCAUCAGCGGUGGCGCGCUGGCCGCGGGUGUCGCGGGCGGCGCCGACGGGACAUAUAACGUUCAGAGCGAUAUCUGGAGUCUGGGUCUGACCAUCAUCGAGUGCGCCAUGGGGAGAUAUCCUUACCCGCCGGAGGUUUCGAGCACCAUCUUCAGCCAGCUUAGCGCUAUCGUAGAAGGCGAACCACCAAACCUCCCCUCGGAAGGAUACUCGGCGCAAGCCCAAGACUUCGUCCGCUGCUGCCUCAACAAGAACCCGCACAAGCGGCACACGUACGCCAUGCUACUCGCCCACCCGUGGAUCAAGGCCCUCGGUAAGCCCGAGACGAUCGCCGAGAACGCUGAGGCUGAGGAGGCCGCGGCCGACGACGAGCUGGCGGAUGCCACGGGAUCGCUCAGCCUGAAUAACCCGGGCGGGCAGAUCGCCGAGGGCGACUAUGAGGUCGCUGACUGGGUGAAGGGCGUGCUGCACAGGAAAAAGGAGGGCCUGCUACAGGACGGCGGGAAGAAGCCUGCGCUGCAUGCCGCGCCGCUGGAUUCGCUCAGCCCGGCGGCAAGUCCUAUGGUUGAGGCAUGA